UCAAACCAAUUCAUAAGAAAACUGAAAUGGGCAAGGACAUUGAGGUGGGAGCUGAACACGGCGGCGGAAAGGACUACCAAGAUCCUCCACCGGCGCCGUUGAUCGACGUGGAGGAGCUCGGAAAAUGGUCGUUUUACAGAGCCAUCAUCGCCGAAUUCGUCGCAACCCUCUUGUUCCUCUACGUCACUGUCCUCACCGUCAUCGGCUACAAGAGCCAGAGCGCCGCCGACCAGUGCGGCGGCGUCGGGAUCCUCGGCAUCGCCUGGGCCUUCGGCGGCAUGAUCUUUGUCCUCGUUUACUGCACCGCCGCAUUUCCGGUCAUCUCUCUAUCCAUCUAUCUAUCUAUUUAUCCAUCUAUUUAUCUAUCAGGGGAGCUAUUUUUUAAAAAAAUUUAA